GACGACGCGAGACGCUACCACACAGUUUGGUCUGCGAACGUUCCCAAACAAGUCAUCCAUCUGUCGCCACUUUCUCUCCUCCAGGAAGAAAGGCCUACAAGAGCUGAGAUCACUUCGCCAUCCGAGAAGUGCAUCACCCCCCAAAUCUGGGCAUCCUUUGCCUCCGGCCGUUGCAAAGCGUACACCCCUCUGGUACUCUUGCUUGCCGCAGUCGCGAACCACCUUCUCGGUAUCAGCGGGCCAUCUUUCUGGCUGGUGAGGAUAAAAGAUGGCGGACCAACAUGAGGUCGACCUUGACUCGAUAAUCGAUCGUCUCCUCGAGGUGCGAGGCAGCCGUCCUGGCAAACAAGUCCAGCUUCUCGAGGCUGAGAUUCGCUACCUGUGCACCAAGGCUCGUGAGAUCUUCAUCUCCCAGCCCAUCCUCCUUGAGCUCGAGGCCCCGAUCAAGAUCUGCGGCGAUAUCCACGGACAAUAUUACGACCUGCUGCGUCUCUUCGAGUACGGCGGCUUCCCUCCUGAGGCCAACUACCUCUUCCUUGGUGACUACGUCGAUCGUGGCAAGCAGUCCCUCGAGACCAUCUGUCUGUUGCUGGCCUACAAGAUCAAGUACCCCGAGAACUUCUUCAUUCUUCGCGGCAACCACGAGUGUGCUUCCAUCAACCGCAUCUACGGUUUCUACGAUGAGUGCAAGCGCCGCUACAACAUUAAGCUAUGGAAGACAUUUACGGACUGCUUCAACUGCCUGCCCAUUGCCGCCAUCAUUGACGAGAAAAUCUUCACCAUGCACGGUGGUCUUAGCCCUGAUCUGAACUCCAUGGAGCAGAUUCGCCGCGUCAUGCGACCUACCGACAUUCCUGACUGCGGUCUUCUCUGCGAUCUUCUGUGGUCGGAUCCUGACAAGGACAUCACCGGCUGGAGCGAAAACGACAGAGGUGUUUCUUUUACCUUCGGUCCCGACGUUGUGUCUCGGUUCCUCCAGAAGCACGACAUGGAUCUGAUCUGCCGCGCUCAUCAAGUCGUGGAAGAUGGUUACGAGUUCUUCUCCAAGCGUCAACUGGUUACUCUCUUUAGCGCACCAAACUACUGUGGAGAGUUCGACAAUGCUGGAGCUAUGAUGAGCGUGGACGAGAGCUUGCUCUGCUCGUUCCAGAUUCUGAAACCCGCUGAGAAGAAACAAAAGUACGUUCCUGGUGUUCUCGGAGGCAACAGCCGACCAGUCACUUCUCCCCGAAAACCCGCUUCCAAGUGAUUCUGA